AUGAUUAAUGUUCCCAGGCUGAAUAAAAGCCUGGGCCCUCACCCUGACUUUUUGUCACAACGACCAGAACCAGUUCUUGACUGCUUCUGUCAAUUAGGACGCGAGAGGAGCAAACUGCAAAGUAGCCUUUUUCUUGUGGCCAUGCCAGAACCCACUAAGAAAGAGGAAAAUGAAGUGGCAACUCCAGCCCCAUCCCCAGAAGAACCAAAUAAAGAGAAGGAGGCUGGAACAGAACCAGGAAAAGAUGAAGAAGAAGCCUCCCCGCCUAGUGCUGUGCCUCCAGGUGUGGGUAGUCGGGCCCUGGAAAGAAAAGAUUCAGAAUGGUCUUUAGGUGAGUCACCAGCUACAGAUGAUCAAGACAAACAGAAUGCCAAUUCUCAGCUGUCCACCCUGUUUGUGGAAAAACCGCAAACUGGAACUGUGAAAGUUGGUGGAAAUAUCACCUUUAUAGCCAGAGUCCAGGCUGAAGAUCUUCUUAGAAAACCCACCAUCAAGUGGUUCAAGGGCAAAUGGAUGGACCUGGCCAGCAAAGCUGGAAAGCACCUGCAGCUGAAAGAAAGCUUUGAAAGGCAGACUCGGGUAUAUACAUUUGAGAUGCAGAUCAUCAAGGCCAAAGAGAAUUAUGCAGGGAACUAUAGAUGUGAGGUCACCUAUAAGGAUAAGUUUGACAGCUGCUCAUUCGAUCUUGAAGUGCAUGAAUCUACGGGAACUACUCCAAACAUUGACAUCAGAUCUGCUUUCAAGAGAAGUGGAGAAGGUCAAGAGGAUGCAGGAGAACUUGACUUUAGUGGUCUCCUGAAACGUAGGGAGGUGAAGCAGCAGGAGGAAGAACCCGAAAUCGACGUGUGGGAUCUGCUGAAGAAUGCGAACCCCAACGAGUACGAGAAGAUCGCCUUCCAGUACGGCAUCACCGACCUGCGCGGCAUGCUCAAGCGGCUCAAGCGCAUGCGCAGGGUGGAGAAGAAGAGUGCAGCUUUUUCAAAAAUUCUUGAUCCUGCAUAUCAGAUUGACAAAGGAGGCAAAGUUAGGUUUGUUGUGGAACUGGCAGAUCCAAACUUGGAGGUGAAAUGGUUUAAAAAUGGUCAAGAAAUCCGACCCAGUACAAAGUAUAUAUUUGAACAUAAAGGAAACCAAAGAAUCAUGUUUAUCAAUAACUGUUCGCUGACUGAUGAUUCGGAGUACUAUGUAACAGCAGGUGAUGAGAAGUGUUCCACUGAGCUCUUUGUGAGAGAGCCUCCAAUUAUGGUGACCAAACAGCUGGAAGAUUUAAGUGCCUACUGUGGAGAGAGAGUGGAAUUAGAAUGUGAGGUAUCUGAAGAUGAUGCCAAUGUAAAAUGGUUCAAGAAUGGUGAAGAAAUUUUCCCUGGUCCACAAUCAAGAUACAAGGUUAGAGUGGAGGGCAAGAAACACUUUCUAGUCAUAGAAGGAGCCACAAAGGCAGACACAGCCGAAUAUUCCGUAAUGACAACAGGAGGGCAGUCAUCUGCUAAACUCUCUGUUGAUUUGAGACCUCUAAAGAUACUGUCGCCUCUGACUGAUCAGACUGUACAUCUAGGAAAAGAAGUCUGCUUAAAGUGUGAAAUCUCUGAAGCAAUCCCAGGAAAAUGGACUAAAAAUGGCUUACCUGUUCAGGAGAGUGAACGCUUAAAGGUUGUUCACAAAGGCAGAAUUCACAAGUUAGUGAUAGCCAAUGCACUCAUGGAAGAUGAAGGUGAAUAUGUAUUUGCACCAGACGCUUACACUAUUACUUUGUCUGCCAAAGUUCAUGUUAUUGAUCCUCCAAAGAUCAUUCUAGAUGGUCUUGAUGCUGACAAUACAGUGACAGUAAUUGCAGGAAGCAAGCUUCGCCUGGAGAUACCCGUCACUGGAGAACCACCUCCUAAAGCCAUCUGGAGCCGAGCAGAUAAGGCUAUUAUGGAGGGUAGUGGACGAAUGAGAGCAGAAACUUACCCUGACAGCAGCACUCUGGUUAUUGAUGUUGCUGAAAAGGAAGACUCUGGUGUUUACCACAUAAAUCUGAAAAAUGAAGCUGGGGAAGCACACGCAAGCAUCAGGAUUAAAGUUGUGGACAUCCCUGACCCUCCAGUGGCUCCAAAUGUGUCUGACGUGGGAGAUGAUUGGUGCAUUAUGAAUUGGGAGCCUCCUGCUUAUGAUGGGGGAUCCCCAGUCUUAGGUUAUUUUAUUGAAAGAAAAAAGAAACAGAGUUCCAGAUGGAUGCGGCUAAAUUUUGAUCUCUGCAAAGAAACAACUUUUGAACCCAAGAAGAUGAUUGAGGGUGUGGCCUAUGAAGUGCGUGUCUUUGCAGUCAAUGCCAUUGGCAUCUCCAAACCCAGCAUGCCUUCCAAGCCAUUUGUGCCUAUAGCUGUGACCAGUCCUCCCACUCUUCUAGCUGUCGACUCUGUCACUGAUUCAACUGUCACCAUGAAGUGGCGGCCUCCAGACCAGAUUGGUGCAGCAGGUUUAGAUGGCUAUGUGCUAGAGUAUUGCUUUGAAGGAAGUACAUCAGCAAAUGAGUCUAAUGAAAAUGGGGAGGCUGCAUAUGAUCUUCCAGCUGAAGAUUGGAAAGUGGCCAACACAGACCUGAUCGACAAGACCAAGUUCACAAUCACAGGUCUGCCGACAGAUGCUAAGAUCUUCGUGCGUGUGAAGGCUGUGAAUGCUGCCGGAGAGAGUGAGCCCAAGUACUACUCUCAGCCCAUUUUGGUGAAGGAAAUCAUUGAACCUCCAAAGAUUCGCAUCCCAAGGCACCUGAAACAAACUUAUAUUCGCAGAGUUGGAGAAGCUGUCAAUCUGGUGAUACCUUUCCAGGGAAAACCAAGACCAGAAUUAACUUGGAAAAAGGAUGGUGAAGAUAUUGAUAAGAAUCAGAUAAACAUUCGCAACUCUGAGACAGACACAAUCAUCUUUAUCAGAAAAGCAGAGAGGAGCCACUCUGGGAAAUAUGAUUUGCAAGUCAAAGUGGAUAAAUAUGUGGAAAGUGCUUCCAUUGAAAUUCAGAUUGUUGACCGUCCAGGUCCACCCCAAGUUGUGAAGAUUGAUGAUGUGUGGGGAGAGAAUGUUGCUCUCUCAUGGACCCCACCCAAGGAUGAUGGAAAUGCUGCCAUCACAGGCUACACCAUCCAGAAGGCUGACAAGAAGAGUAUGGAAUGGUUCACUGUCAUUGAGCAUUAUCACCGAACCAAUGCCACCAUUACUGAGUUGGUCAUUGGAAAUGAAUAUUACUUCCGGGUCUUUGCUGAAAAUAUGUGUGGCCUCAGUGAGGAUGCAACAAGAACUAAAGAGAGUGCUGUGAUUGCCAAGGAUGGUAAAGUUUACAAAAAUCCAGUGUAUGAAGACUUCAAUUUCACAGAGGCACCCAUGUUUACUCAGCCUCUGGUGAACACCUAUGCCAUAGCUGGUUACAAUGCUACUCUGAACUGCAGCGUGAGAGGAAACCCUAAGCCCAAAAUAACUUGGAUGAAAAACAAAGUGGCUAUCGUGGAUGACCCAAGAUACAGGAUGUUCAGCAACCAAGGUGUCUGUACUCUGGAGAUUCGCAAGCCCAGCCCCUAUGACGGAGGCACUUACUGCUGCAAAGCAGUCAAUGAACUUGGAACAGUGGAGAUUGAGUGCAAGUUGGAGGUGAAAGUGAUAUAUCAAGGAGUAAAUACCCCUGGACAACCAGUCUCCCUGGAGGGGCAGCAACAGUCGUAGCACAAUAAGGAUGUUUGAAU